UCAGUAUCAGUUCUAUUCCUAGCCCAACCAGCUGUUCGGCGUCGUAGCGAUGUCGCCGAAACUCCCAGUUAUAUCCUUAAAACUUCAGUGUUUGAAAAUCAUCUCCAACAAACUUAUCUUCGCCCUCUCAGACGACGAGGGAAAGAACUACGGAGUAGUCUCGAAUUACUUAGCACCAACUACUUACGAAGUUUUGCAGGACUUGCUAAAAAUCAUUCUGAGUUCGGUGAAUUUGGAUGCAAGUAUCCGGUUCAGUUGCCUUGAAGUGCUUCUUCGAGAAGAUGUCGGUAAAUUGGACACGGGAAUGUUUCCGCAAUUUUACUACGAUAAAAUUCUUAAAGUUAUUAAGGCUAGUGGAGUAGGGUUGCAGCAUCUUAAUUUAACAGGGGUGUGGGUAAGAGACUUUCCGGAACAGUUAAGUCAAGUAAUAAGAAGUUUAAAGGGACUUAAAACUCUUGUUAUACCUCACAUGGCGAAUGACGAGGUAUUGGAUGCUAUAAUGACAUUGAAGAAUCUAAAUGUAUUGGAUAUUAGUGGAGAGGCUUGUUUUACAGUGGAAGGAAUUAAUGCGCUAAAAAGCCAAACCUUACAAAUCCUCAGCAUCGGCAGCUUCGGCAAAACUCUAAUCUGCGAAACAGACGAAAACAGCGGUAGUCAACUAAUAGCAGAUCUAUUAGAAAAUUUACCCAAUUUAGUUUCUUUAAGGACGUAUUCAUUUACUGGCAGCGCUCUGUUCUUACUUCAUAAUAAACUUCCGAAACACAAAACGAAAUUAAAGUAUCUCCAUGAUACCGGAACAACGAACAGCGUAAUGGACACCAUUCUGAGUCUGUGUCCCGACUUGGAAAACUUACAUCUGGACGGCGCGGAGAGCGGCGUCCUCGAAAAACUGACAAAGUUACACAAACUCCAUGCGCUUAAAUUAACCAAAUGUGACGUUGAGGAAUUCCUGAUGUUUCUCACAAUCUCCGGAUCCCAAUUGGAGUCGCUUAAAUUGAAUCAUAGUAAAGACACUUCUUUGGAUUUGUCGCAAAUUUGUCUCUUGGCGCCGAAUCUCAAGAUAUUUGAGUGUUAUCUUAUGAAACUUACUUUUACUAACUCAGAUACUUAUUUUAUGAGCUUGGAGAAUGUAGAGUUUUGCUACUGUGAAGUGUCAGAUCAUGUUAUUAGGUAUAUUAUGGAAAAUUCGCCGUUUCUAAAGAGAAUAAAUGUGGGAUCGGUUAUACGUAUGACAGAUGGAGACGUGUUUAGACUUUGUGCUGAAUGUGACUUUGCUAGUUUAGAGGAGUUGUGGUUUUCCUCUGCUAGGUGUCUGACUACUACUACCGUGCAACUUCUAAUGGGACAUUGUCCAAAGUUAAGGGAAAUUGGACAACUUAAAGGAUGGGAUGUUUCUGGAGAAGAAGCUGAUUUAUUACGGGCUUUGGUAGAGUAUACUAAUACUGAUUUAACUUUGUUACCCAGUUAUUACUAAAUAAAUUUUUUAAGAAAA